AUGGCGGCAACACAGACACACCCCGACCCCCCAGCGGGCAGUUCGCCAGCUUUCAUUCCACUUGAAGCCAACCCCGAACUCAUGACGACCCUUCUCCAUAAGUUGGGACUGAGCCAGGCACUGCAGGUGCACGACGUCUACUCCAUCUCCGAGCCGGAGCUGCUGGCUUUCAUCCCACGUCCCGCGCUCGCGCUGCUCAUGGUGUUUCCUGUCUCGGCAGUCUACGAAUCUCAGCGCAUGGCCGAAGACGCCCCGCUGCCCAACUACACUGGCAAGGGCCCUGACGAGCCCGUAGUGUGGUUCAAGCAGACCAUAAGGAAUGCUUGCGGCAUGAUGGGGCUGCUCCACGCCGUCAGCAACGGUCCGGCUCGAGGAUAUAUCGAGUCCGGUUCCGAUCUCGAAAAGCUGGUCAAGGACGCCAUCCCGCUUGGCCCCGCCGAGCGCUCAAGGCUUGUGGAGGGAAGCUCCUCUCUCGCGACUGCUCACCAGGAGGCUGCCAGUCAAGGCGACACCGCUGCUCCCGAUGCACAAGAUGAUGUCGACCUACACUAUGUCUGCUUUGUCAAGACGGACGACGGCACACUGUGGGAGUUGGAUGGCAGGAGGAAGGGCCCCAUCGCGAGAGGCAAGCUGGACGAGGAUGAGGAUGUGCUCUCGGAGAAAGCACUGCUUUGGGGACCGCUGAAGUUCUUGGAGCGCGAAGGCGCCGAUAUGCGUUUUAGCUGCGUGGCGUUGGCGGGCUCACUUGAUUGA